AUGCUGCUGGUGGCGGCAGUGUUGUUCGUGUUUACGUAUGUGCACCACAACCCAGUUAGCAGCAAAAUCCGCGGCGUUUCUGGAGGCAGUAAAAUUGUUAUCAUUUUGGCGGCCAACCAGGGCGGUGGAGUGAUGACGUGGAAGGGCGCAAAGGAGUGGGCGGUAGAGAGGGACUCGAUCGCAAACAAGAAGGCGUAUGCGGAGCGCUGGGGAUACCACUUGGAGAUCAAGGACAUGAGCACAAAAAAGAGGUAUGCGCAUGAGUGGAGAGAGAGUUGGGAGAAGGUCGAUGUCAUCAAGCAGACGAUGAGGCAGUAUCCUAAGGCUGAGUGGUUCUGGUGGAUGGAUCUCCACACCUUCAUCAUGGAGCCCUCAAUCUCACUACAGUCGCAUAUCUUCAAACACCUGCAGAACGUCACCUACCGGGAUAUCAAUGUCUACAACCCUCUCAAGAUCACUCACCCACCGUCCAAAGAAGAAUUCUUCUACCUCGACGAGGCCGCCCUCAGUCCCGUCGGCGACGACAAAGCCGAGAGCAUCAACCUCAUUGUCCCACAGGACUGUGGUGGCUUCAACCUAGGUAGCUUUCUCAUCAAACGAAGCGAGUGGAGUGAGCGCCUACUCGAUAUCUGGUGGGACCCGGUUGGCUAUGAGCAGAAGCACAUGGAGUGGGAACACAAAGAACAAGACGCUCUGGAGUACUUGUACACCAAUCAGCCCUGGAUCCGUACUGGAACAGCCUUCAUCCCGCAGCGAAUGAUCAACUCUUUCCCUCCCGGCGCAUGUGCAGACACCCCCGAUGACCCACGCAUUUUCUACGACGAGAAAGACCGCGACUUUGUCGUCAACAUGGCCGGAUGCGAGUGGGGGCGGGACUGCUGGGGCGAGAUGGCGCACUACAGGCAGCUCAGCGAGAAGCUGAACAGCGGCUGGUGGAGAAAAAGCUUCGGUUAG